AGGCAUCUGGAUAACAAGCUCAGCUUUUAAGUUUAACAAACCAAAUAGUAAGUUUUCACUUAGUACAACUUAUCAUUUCAAGUUGACUAAACUUAUUUGAGUUUACUGAACUUAAAACUUUAAGUCUGCAGGGUAACAUUAUUUUAAGUCGACUUAACAAAUUGUGUCUUUUUUUGUUUGUUUGUUUUUUACAGUGUACAUUUAUUUUCUUGAAUGUGUUUGUUUAUCUAUAAAUGACUUUAACCAUGAUGGAUGUUAUAGAAUAUUACCAACUAUUUUUUGGCUGCUUAUCUAAACAAAGACAAACAUUAGUGUGAAAACUAUGAGGUCUCAGACUUGAAACAAAAAUUGAAACCAUUUGUGUGUGUCAAGUGUUUUGAACUUAUAACAAACACUUGUAAAACUUGUCUAAAUGUAAUUUAAGAUCCAUAAUAUCAAAAACAAAACUGACACACUAGCCAUAUAACCAUUAAAAAGAGAAAAAUUUUGAACAUGGGACUCAGCUGUCAUUUAUCAAGAUGUAUUUACCACAACUUUACUGGAAGUGUCCUUACCUGGGGCCCCGGCGUCUUGGACCAGAACAUGUGGAUGGGGUCUUCUACAGGCUUAAAUGGUGGACGACAAGGGCGAACCAGACUAGACCGGUGCAGGGUGAUUCACUGGGGCAAUGAGUCAAUCAUCCACAGCUAUAAAAGGGAGAAUCCUGCUUGAGUUUCUCAAUAUGCACAUCAACACUCCAGAGGUAAGCACUCAUUCACUCAUUCACACAAACACUCUUGUCCAUCACAGUAUGACCUUUAUAACAGUGAGACUGAUAAAAAAUAUUUUUGCUAUAGCUGAAUUUUUUAAUCACACUGUACUCAACAGGUUAACUGCUGAUUUUUUUAUUUAUCUAUUACUAUCUAUUUUAUCUAUUACUGCACAUGGCUAAACAUGAAAUAUGGCAAUGUGUUUUGUUUCUUUGCAGAAAGAUGCAGUCUUCCCUGAUCUUUUGCUUCUUAAUAACAGCCCUGGUGGCCGUUAGCGUCAGCCGACCCACAGCUACGGAGGAGAGGAUCCGAAUCAUGGCCCGAACUAUCAUGACCAGAAUUAAAAAAAUCAAGGAUGAGCACUUCCAGAUGUCUCCAGAGAUUGAUAUUGGCCCUGACAUUGACACCCCCGUUGAUGGUCUCACUUCUGUCAUUGUUCACUUGAGCUACCUGCAAUUGAGGCUGCAGGUGCCACCAGCCCAGCACCUACAGCAGGUCCUAGUGGACCUGGAAAUUCUCCUAAGAACACUGGAGGGACUGGCCGUUUCACAUGGAUGCCCUGUGCCCAACCCCGAGACCCCGGUGUACAAAGAUGAAACAGCCUUCCCUGUCACCUCCAACUACCUGUACCUCCUGGAGCUCCAGAGGUACCUUGAGAAGCUCUGCCUGAAUAUGGACAAACUAAAAUGGUGCAAAGAUACGGACGUGGCUAAGACAUAUAUAUUCUGAAAUGUGUAAGCCAUGCUUCCUUACUUCUAUGCAUCACGCUCAAAAAUGCACACGCAAGGACUAGUUCUCUAAAUUAUUUAACUUAUUACACUUGAUUAGUUCUCGUUGGAAUUUUCCAUUUUUCAUGUUAGUGCUCUCUUUUAUACCACAGCUUUAUAUUUUCUAAGCUAAAUUUUUCUAUUUUAGAUUUUAGCACAUGAUGAUGUUUUAUAUUACUACAGAGCACUGAGAAAUGUAAACUUGCCGGAAGUUGUUUAUGUGUUAUUUUCAUGCCAGUUAGAUAUGAAUGCAGAAGGACUG